AUGACGCUGAUUGGAAUUCAGCAUAAGUUGGCCUACACAUAUGUGAUAUUGACUUUUUUCUUCACCUACGUAUCCACAGAUGCUCCCUAUGCUGGUCUUAGUCACACUCUCGCCUCGCUGGUGCAUCUGAGUGACGCCUCCAACGACACACUCAAGACAAGAUCCCAACUUGAGUUCUACUCUGGCACUCGCUUACAGCUAAUGAAUGGUUCCAUCCCUUACCUUCCCUGCCCGAUCCGGCUGUAUGAGUCGAGGGAGAUAACUCAAUGUACCUACGCCAGGACUUCGAGAGGACUUGCUACAUGGAUUGCCCUCUACGGAGACUCCACCCUGAGACAGAAACUCGAAGUCCUCCUUGACUUACUACCACACGGAUUCACUUACUCGUAUUUCCUCAAUGGAACACAGGUUUCUUCAGAGGAGUUCAAGGCCAUCGUGUCGUACGUGCUCGAGUACCGUCCACUCAUGUUUGAGGUAUUUGGCCAUCGACCGAAAAAUCCAUCGACGCUGAAAAACAAAACACACCCCUCGGAGAGCUUUCGGAACGACGAUAAUUACCACGAGGGCAACAACGGGAGCAGAGGGUAUGAUGAUCAAGGGGAAGAUAACAGUCACAGAGGAAAUAACGAUCAUAACGGAAAUAACGGUCACUACAACAACACCAUCAGUGGUAAUGGAAAUUUCAGAGAACACAACCGAAAUCGUUAUAGCCUAAACGAAGGUCAUGACAACUGGAAAGACAACAUGGUCAAUGUCAUGGACAUAGUGGCUGCGAAAUACACUAGGAAUGGCCAGAUCUACGGCGCCCAGGCCGAUGGAGACACCAGCGAUCCUUCCUACGAGCUCCGAGUGACCUUGAUCUGGGCUACUUGUGGGUCAAGGUCUGGGAAGGCUGCCGAAAGAGACGCUCCCAAAGUUACAAAAUUACAGGAAUGGGCUAAAGAAGACAUCAUACCUGACAUCAUUAUACUGAGUAUAAAGAGAUGGAUGUUACGUCUGAUAAUUUUUUUUUACCCCCUCAGGUCAACGGGAGCCUGGCAGUGGGACUCGACUCUACCCUUCAACCUGGCUAACAUUCACGAGUGCAAGAUGAUAAAAGACACCAGCUACUUCGGAAAUCCUAUCUAUUCAAGUCAUUGGACAAUGUGUACGGACAUCCACCACGCAUCUUUUGAAACCAACGCCAACGAACUGCAGAUGAUUUUUAACUACCUAUGUAACCCCUACCUGACCGCCUCUCAGCAGUACUGCUGUUCAGAGCAGUGAACCACACGUGACCACCUCUCACCAAUACUAG